AUGUCUACCCCAGCUGGUGGUCAACCUCCUCCUAGCGGGUCCACCUCAAACCCGCCUGCCCCGCCGGGUCGUACGCCCACCUGCUCGUCCUAUUAUGACUUCAACGGCGUCCCAUGGAACGGCCAAGACCCCAACUCCAAGACCUGGAUGUACGCCCGCGAUGCCCGGCAACAACAAGCCGGCGUUCCGGCCAACGCGCAGCCGCCCUACCCCAGCUACUUCGGCAACAGAACGAACCUCCCGCUCAACCCCCCGCCGUCCCACAUCGGGCGCCGCGGGCAGCCGGGGUGGCUGCACCACCCUCUCAUCCCAGACCAAACGGCGACCUGGACCCCAGGCACCAGUCCGGGAGCUGUCCGUAGCGUGUACACUGCGGGCAACACGGCGAACUUUGACGUCAUCCACCAUGAUCCUAAUGCGGGCACGACGUCGAACGGGACUUCGGAAUUCUCGAUGGCGACAUAUCAUCCUUCUGUGCCGAGGCCGCAGCAGCAGCCGCCCCCAACGGGCGGGAAUGGGCCUUAG